GCUAGAUGUCGGUUACUUUCUCUUCUGAGAAAAUGGCGUUGUGUUGGAGUUUGGGUUCUGUGUCGAUAUAUGAGAGGGACUAAGACCAUGAGACAUUAAGCAAGUGAUCGCCUUCCACUGAGUGCAUCAGUGCACCAGCACCAGUGGCUGUGUGUUGCUGGGGCUUUGUGGAAAGGUGGUCCAGGCAGUCAGGACUGGAGGCAUAUGUGGAGGACUUGGUGAUGAAUGCUCAGUUUGUGGUGGAUACAGCAAGUAGUAGUAGCAGUCUGGCCACAGGAGCCUUACAUGUGAGCAGCAAGCGGCGGAAGCUGGAGCCGUGCCCGCAGGAGUACAGAGCCGACACGUACGGGCCCGGCCAUGGCACCAGUCCCAGUCACAGCCAGCAGGCGCGCGUGGUGCGCCAGGCCGCACGUCUAGAUACCUACCAGCGGUGCGGCGUUAAGCGAAAGUCGACUGCGAGCCGAGAGUGUUAUGCCGGCGACGAGUCGUCGGCCCAAAUCAGCACGACGACGUCCCACAGCAAGCCGGCGGCCGCGGCCGGCUCCUCCACCGAUGGCGACUACCAGCUGGUGCAGCACGAGGUGCUCUGCUCCCUCACAAACCAGUAUGAGGUCCUGGAGUUCCUGGGCCGCGGCACAUUUGGUCAGGUGGUCAAGUGCUGGAAGAAAGGCACCAAUGAGAUCGUGGCGAUGAAGAUUCUCAAGAACCAUCCCUCGUACGCUCGGCAGGGCCAGAUCGAGGUGUCCAUCCUGUCCCGUCUGAGCCACGAGAAUGCCGACGAGUUCAACUUCGUGCGAGCGCACGAGUGCUUCCAGCACAAGAACCAUACGUGCCUGGUGUUUGAGAUGCUGGAGCAGAACCUGUAUGACUUUCUCAAGCAAAACAAGUUCUCUCCACUGCCUCUCAAGUUCAUCAGACCCAUCCUGCAGCAAGUGUUGACGGCCCUUCUGAAACUCAAGCAACUGGGCCUCAUCCACGCCGAUCUCAAGCCAGAGAACAUCAUGCUGGUGGACCCGAACCGGCAGCCGUACCGGGUGAAGGUGAUCGACUUCGGCUCAGCCUCGCACGCCAGCAAGGCCGUCUGCAACACAUACCUGCAGAGUCGCUACUACCGCGCACCGGAGAUCAUACUGGGCCUGCCGUUCUGCGAGGCCAUCGACAUGUGGUCGCUGGGCUGCGUGAUCGCCGAGCUGUUCCUGGGCUGGCCGCUGUACCCGGGCAGCUCCGAGUACGACCAGAUCCGCUACAUCCGCCAGACGCAGGGCCAGCCGCCCGAGCACAUGCUCAACAACGCCACCAAGACCACGCGCUUCUUCUACCGGGACGUGGAGCAGAACUACCCGUGCUGGCGGCUCAAGACGCCGGAGGAGCACGAGUCCGAGACGGGCAUCAAGUCGAAGGAGGCGCGCAAGUACAUUUUCAACUGCCUGGACGACAUGGCGCAAGUGAACGUGCCGCAGGACCUUGAGAGUGGCGAGCUGCUGGCUGAGAAGACGGACCGCCGCGAGUUCAUCGACCUCAUCAAGCGCAUGCUUACCAUGGAUCAGGAGCGGCGGGUGAUGCCGUCGGACGCGCUGAACCAUUCGUUCGUAACGCUAUCACACCUGGUGGACUACUCUCACUGCGCCAACGUGAAGGCGUCGGUGCAGAUGAUGGAGGUGUGCCGCCGCCACGUGCUGACGCCUCAGCCGGCAGCGGCCGCGGCCGCGCCGCCCGCCGCCGCCGCCCAGCUCGUCAACUUGGUGCCCACCAGCGUCGGCAACGUGGCCAUCACGUUCAACAACCAGCUGCCAAACCAGUACCAGUUCUACCAGCCGCGCAGUCAGCGUCAGUACAGCUCUUCGCGCGCCGCCGCCACGUACCAGCACCAGCUGGUGCCGUCGCUGCUGUGUCCGCCGCACCCGCAGACGUACCAGGUGCCUCAGCAGCAGUACGUGCCCGUGUCGAUGGUAGAGCAGUCGGGAAGGCAGAUGCUGUUCGCGAACGGCGGCUCGUGGCCGACGGCCGGCAGCCGCCAGAUGACGUUCGUGCCGUCGUGGCAGCAGCCGGCGGCGGCCGCCCUGCAGCCAUCGGCCGCCCUGCUGCCCGAGGCGGCUGACUGGCGUCUGGCACAGCGGCCGCUGCUCGUCGAAAGCGCCUCCUUCUUGCAGGACCAGUCCGGCUCCAUGUACCCGGAGAUGCUGCUGCAGGCGGCCGAGAUGGUGCCGCGGCCGCGCGCCGCGCCGGCGCCGGCUCCAGCGCCGGCGCCGGUGGCCGCCGCGGCCGCCGCGCACACGUACACCUCGCAGCGGCCGAGCAAGCGGAGCGGGCAGCCGCGGCCACCGCCGGCCGCGCCCCACUCCCUCUCCGUGGAGAAGAAGGACCCGGCUACGCACAUCAGCCCCGUCAAGAAGAAGCCCAAAGAGGAGAGCAGUGGUGAGCCAUGUCGCCGCGGCGGCGAGCCCGGCGCCAGCGGCAGCAGCAGCGGCAGCAGCCGGCGGGCGGCGGCGGCGGCCGCGGCGGCGCGGCGCGGCCAGCCCACCAUCACCAUCCGGGACACGCCGUCGCCGGCCGUCUCCGUCAUCACCAUCUCGGACAGCGACGAUGAGGCCGGCCGGACGCCAGCUGACAAACACAGAAGCAGUGGCCACUCGAGUGUGCUCGUUCAGAGUAGCGCCUGUCCGUCCGUCACCGUCACGCCCAGCGACGACGCGUACCAGGCCUCCUCCAGCCUGCCGGGCCGCCGGCGGGACCGCGCCCGCGUGGUGGUGGUACACGACAGCGAUGAGGAAGCGCAGCCGGCUGUCGUCGUGGUGAAGACGGAGCCCUCUUCCAGCGGGUGCCAGCCGUCGGCGCCGCUGUCGCAGAAGAAGCGGCUGUUGGCCAAGUCGCAGUCCGAGUACCAGCUGAACCAGCCACCGGAGCCGGAGGAGCGCGAGCGGCGCGACUGGGACGGUCGCCGCCACAGCGUCUACAUGGCGGCCGGCGAGCCGGCGCCGGCCGCACCCGCCGUCGACGACCUGCGCUACUUCGCGCACCGCGACGACUACCGCGCCCGCAUCCCCCGGGCCGAGGUGCUGCCGCCGGCGGCACACUCUCAGCCGGCGGCGCGCUACGUGGCCAGGAACUACGCCGCGCACGUGUCGCCGGGCCCGUGGGUGUCGCAACCGCCGCCGCUGGCGCCGCUCAGCCCGCGCCUGGCGCCAGAGCUGUUCCGCGACUUCCGUCGGCCGGCGGCCAGCGUGUUCAGCGGGCACCCCCAGGUGGCCGGCACCUUCAAUUACGCGGCGCUCAGCCCCAGCAAGUCGCAGUACCAGCCGCUCUGGCUGGCCGAGUAG